CCGCCCAGUGCGCUUACCCAAAAACAGGGGGACAACAAAAAAUUGACCCCACCGAGCUCAAAACGGGCCUCAACCACCAUCAACACAACUUCUCGACAACUCUCCUAGACUGCCGUGUUCUCUCCUGCCUUCAACCUCCCAGACACGCUGCUGUUGGUUGCCUUCACUCUCUCCCUCGACAUCUCUCCCUUGAUUUUGCUUUAAGUUACCCUUCGCAUUGCCUGCUGUCACAAUGCGUGAGAUUAUUAGUGUCAACGUCGGCCAAGCCGGUUGCCAAAUUGCUAACUCCUGCUGGGAGCUCUACUGCCUCGAGCACGGUAUUCAGCCCGACGGAUACCUGACCGAAGAGCGUAAACAAGCUGAUCCCGACCAUGGCUUCAGCACUUUCUUCUCCGAGACAGGCCAGGGCAAAUACGUGCCUCGUACUAUUUACUGCGAUCUCGAGCCCAACGUUGUUGACGAGGUCCGCACCGGCACUUACCGAAGCCUUUUCCACCCCGAGCAGAUGAUUACUGGCAAGGAGGAUGCUUCCAACAACUACGCGCGUGGCCAUUACACGGUUGGCAAGGAGCUCAUCGAUCAGGUAUUGGACAAGAUUCGACGUGUUGCGGACAGCUGUGCUGGCCUCCAAGGUUUCUUGGUCUUCCACUCAUUCGGUGGUGGUACCGGAUCUGGGUUCGGUGCCCUAUUGAUGGAACGUUUGUCUGUCGACUAUGGCAAGAAGAGCAAGCUUGAAUUUUGCGUAUAUCCCGCUCCUCAGACCGCCACCUCAGUUGUCGAACCCUACAACUCUAUCCUUACUACCCACACCACUCUGGAGCACUCCGACUGUUCCUUCAUGGUCGACAAUGAGGCCAUCUACGACAUCUGCCGUCGCAACCUCGGCCUUGAGCGUCCCAACUACGAGAACCUCAACCGUCUUAUCGCCCAAGUUGUUUCUUCUAUCACUGCUUCUCUUCGAUUUGAUGGCUCUCUCAAUGUCGAUCUGAAUGAAUUCCAGACCAACCUUGUCCCGUAUCCUCGCAUCCACUUCCCUCUGGUUGCUUAUGCACCUGUCAUCUCAAGUGCUAAGGCCGCCCACGAGGCCAACUCAGUUAUGGAGAUGACCAUGUCCUGCUUCGAGCCCCACAACCAAAUGGUUAAGUGUGACCCUCGCAACGGCAAAUACAUGGCGACAUGCCUGCUGUACCGUGGUGACGUCGUUCCCCGGGACGCCCACGCCGCAGUUGCCACCCUCAAGACCAAGCGUACCAUUCAAUUCGUCGACUGGUGCCCUACUGGCUUCAAGCUCGGUAUCUGCUUCCAGCCACCUCAGCUGGUACCUAACGGUGACCUUGCCAAGGUUGACCGUGCUGUGUGCAUGCUCUCCAACACCACCGCCAUCGCCGAAGCCUGGUCGGCACUAUCAGCCAAGUUCGACCUCAUGUACUCGAAGCGUGCUUUUGUUCACUGGUAUGUUGGCGAGGGUAUGGAAGAAGGUGAAUUCUCCGAGGCCCGCGAGGACUUGGCUGCGUUGGAGCGUGAUUACGAAGAAGUUGCUACCGAAUCUCACGAGGGUGCUGAGGACGACCUCGAGGCUGAGUACUAAUUUUGAGUUUGAGCAUUGUCGGCCUGCUUGAUCGCACCACAAAUCCCGUUUCAGCUUUAUUCCUCCAAUUCUCACCUAGAAGUCUGGUCUGUUUCUACAGUGUCCUACGUAGUGGCGGGGCAUCUGGGUUCAGCUCUACCAAAAGAGGUGGCUGUUGGUCCCUGUGAGAAUUGCUAGGUAGGGAUCAGGACGACGCCCUUUGUCCCAAUGUCCCUUCAUCUUGCAGAAUGUUUUGUAGGAACAAUAGCACUAUACUCUUUGUAAAUCCGUCUUACCAACUUUAAUAGCACCAGUCAUCAGAGAUGACGUCCCGAGCCGUAUCCACUGCAGGUAUUACGUGUAUUGAAUCAUUACUGUGAAAAGAAAGCUU